AUGAGGUGGGAAAGAGGGAUGGAAGAAGAAGGUAAGUCUGUCUAUCCAUCUACUAAGUUGUUAAGUCAAUAUGGCAGUCAACUGGCACGAAUUGAAUCACAACGGGAGAACAGCUUUGUCAGUAGGCUUAUUAACAGGCCACUACGAAGUGCAUCAUUGGUUCAGAAGACGCAGUUUUGGAUCGGCAUGAUUGCAAGACGAACUGAAGAUGAGGAUGCACUUUUUCUAUGGUCAGAUGGUAGUAUUGUAUCACGUUAUAUUGGAUUCUGGGAAAUUGGUCAACCGGAUUACAAAAGCGGCACAUGUACCAGGGUAGAUGCACAUUCUCUCUAUUUUAUUUAUUUAUUUAUUUUUUUGAUUACAUACAUAAGACUAAUAUGA